UGCAGAUCCAAGCACAAGGGUAGAAACCAUCCUGGACCAGGGAGGUCAUCCCCAUGCAUAACUAACUCCUGAAGCUUCAACUAAAGGGUUGAGAUCGCUUUUUUUUCUGCACAACAAAACAGUAGGCAAGGAAAAAUCGUAUCAGCAAAUCACAAUGUUAUCACAUUCUGCCAUGGUCAAAGAGAGGAAACAACAAGCAUCAGCCAUUAUGGAUGAAAUGCACAGAAAUGGUGUAGGCUAUGCAAUAUCAAGCAUUUGAGAAAAACAGAGGUACGUAUUUAUCCAUUGUAUUGCAGUCUCACCCAGCUUAGAUCUCGGAAAAAAGGUCAGCACCCCCAGAGAUAUCAUGGUAGAGGAACUAUCGACACUCAGCAACAGAGGUGCCAGACUCUUCAAGAGACGUCAGCGGAGAUCUGACAAAUACACAUAUGAAAACUAUCAUUAUGUAGCAAACAAGCCAAGAAAUCGUGGAGAGCCCAUACAGAGUGUUAAAAUGGAUGGCCUCAGCGUGGAAGGAAUUCCCCAGCAUGCCCCAAUGACACCUCCCAACACACCGGAUCCCCGGAGCCCACCGCAUCCUGACAACAUUGCCCCAGGGUAUUCUGGACCACUGAAAGAAAUUCCUCCUGAAAAGUUCAACACUACUUCCGUGCCAAAGUAUUAUCAGUCUCCCUGGAUAGAAGCCAUUAGGGAUGAUCCAGAGCUGCUGGAAGCUUUAUAUCCUAAACUUUUUAAACCUGAAGCAAAGCCAGAACUGCCUGACUACAGGAGCUUUAACAGAGUUGCCACUCCCUUUGGUGGUUUUGAGAGAGCAUCAAAGCUGGUUAAAUUCAAGGUACCAGACUUUAAUCUACUGAUGCUAAAUGAUCCCAGAUUCAUGAUCCUUGCAAAUCCUCUUGCUGCCAGAAGAUCCUUCAAUAGGACUCCUAAAGGAUGGACAUCUGAGAAUAUUCCUGUAGUGUUCAUUCAGCCUUCGAAUUCCGAUGCUGUUCCAGAAACAGAGGACCUGUGAGAGAAGCUGCACUCGACAUCGUACAAAAUGCUGAAGCUGCACAUCCAUGUAUUUUUGGUCCAAAGAUUACCAAAGGCUACUGACAACAUUUUUCCUUGGCAGCUGGAGUAGAAGUAAUAAUGUCUGAUACAUUGUCUCUUUUCUGGCACUUAGUUUCAUCUGUAGACAUAAUAAAGUAAUUUGGCAAA